AUGCUCACGCCUCCCUUCCUUCGCCUAACUAAGAUGGAUAACACCAAUGCUAAUAAUAAUAAAGAUUCGAAACCUUUUGGUAAAAAAAGAGCACGUGGUAGUCGAGGUAAACGAAUUCAAUCAAAAAACACAGAAAAAGAAACAGAAACAAUCAUGGAAACACAUAAGCCACCCGUAAAAAAUGACAAUGAUGAAAUUAGUUAUGAUAAUAGAAAUCAGAUACUGAAUUCUGAAUUGAAAUUCACAGAUUAUAGCAAACAAAACUCAACAAUUAAUUCUAAUACAUUCGGCGAGAAAGAACAAACACUUCCUCAAAACGAUAUUAAUAUUCCGUCAUUGACAUCGCUUUCGUUUCCGCGUCCUCCUCAACCUUAUUUGCUUCGGCCAUUUCGAGAACAAACAGUUCCUUUGCCACCAUUCACUCAUGGUUCAGUACAGCCACUAUUCACUCAUGGUUCAAUACAGCCACUAUUCACUCAUGGUUCAAUACAGCCACUUUUUCGAUUACCACAGCAAACAGCAAAAAUUGGUGUGAUAGUUGAGAAUCCAAAACCGGUACCAAGGGAUAAUAAAAUGCAACAAAAACAUCCUCGAGUUCCAGUAUUGUUUCCAAAGACGGACAAUGUGUUAUUAUCAUCCGAACUAACAUUAGAUAAUUUUUUAGACAAUACUCAGUCAGAUAGAAACAAUCCAAAAACUGAAGGAGAAACUACAAAAAAAACAGUACAAGAAAAUAAAAACCAAACACCAUCAGCAUCGAAAGCACAAUCUGGACAACUGACUACAAUGGAAUCAGGCAUCCGACAGGAAUUAAUAUCGAAAAUAUCAAUUAAACACCAAGCGUCUAGUGAAUCUGAACCAGCCACUCCAACACCAUCUAAAUUUCCUGUAAUCGAAGCAAAAAUUGUUGAAAUAAUUUUAACAAUUCAUACUCGUGGUGAACAUGUUUCAUGCGAGAAAGUUCAACGAGAAUUAUUCAAACAAUGUCAAGUACAAGAUUGGCGACAGUUACGCGUUUAUCGACCUCAUUUUGAGAUCAAAGCACUAUCAAAUCUAUCAGAUAAAUUGAAGGAUAUAAAGUUGUACAUGCAAAUAUUUGAAAAUGUCUACAUUCUCUGUACACUACACGACCUUGACGAAUUAAUAUCUCGAUUUAUGAAAAUAUCUAAAUAUGAAGAUUUAUUAUUGGGUCCACUUGAAUUAAAUCCUGAUAUUCAACGCGUAUUCAAAUUUCAAGGCGUUGGCAUACCAAAAUUAACAAGCGAAAAAGUUAUUGAAUUAUUUUCAUCAUUUAUCGAUAAUCACCAAACACAAGGCAACAGACGAAAUAAACAUCAAAAAGAAGCGUUUGAAUUUGAUGAAUUUCUAGAUGUAUUAGUCAAAGAAAUGAAUGUACAAACAAAAGAGCAAUUGGGUUUAUUCUGUCGAUCAUUUCCAUUUCUUUUACAGGUACGUAUUAUAAUUAAUCAGCCAGAUUUUUUUGUUCUCCAAUAG